AUGGCAUGCCUGCUGGCAAGUCAGAUACAGACAACUCAAGAACCACUUUCCCGGGUAUCACCAGAUUACACCAAAGGUUUUGGCGGGAAGUUCGGAGUGGAGACGGACAAGGUGGACAAGAGCGCCUUGGGCUUUGAGUACCAGGGCAAAACCGAGAAGCACGAGUCUCAGAAAGAUUACGUGAAGGGCUUUGGUGGCAAGUUUGGUGUGCAGACGGACAGACAGGACAAGUCGGCCCUGGGAUGGGACCACCAGGAGAAACUGCAGCUCCACGAGUCGCAGAAAGGUACCGGUGGUUUGACCUGUGUUUACAUGGGUUUUAUUCCACCUAACACAUACCCUUAGUAGCAGGAAAACGCACACAGGAUAUGUUCACACACACUUUUUACUGAUGUGGUCAUUUUAUGGUUUUACUAUUGAGUUAAUGAGGUUAAAGUACUUCCUUUGUCUGGUGGCGUGGCAUCUGCCACAGGCUCAUAAUAGAGGAAGUGACAACAGAUGGAGCUAGACAGACUAAGGACUGAUCAUGUAAAUGUAGUGCUCAGGCUGGAUUUACUGGCUGUGUUUAGCACCUUGGUUCUUUUGGUUUAAGUUGUUAACAAAGUUUUCAUACUGUAAGACCGGAUGGGCGUGUGUUUGGUCUGAGUGCAGCUGAUCCGUGUACUUGUUUAUAUCUGUAUGUAAAUGUGCUUGUUUGUGUAUUGUGGGCUUGGGGUAGAGGUGCUUGGCCAGCCUCUCCUUGUGCUCAUAACCCAGGGCACACUGGUCUUGCUACUCCACGAGUCUCAGCAAGGCACCGCAUACUGUCCUUCCUUUUCUUUCCAAAGUUUAUUCUCUCUUUUGUCCCAGCACUGUUUUGUAAGUCA